AGAUACAGAAAUAAUUGCUGGUGAUUUGUUGACUUCCAUUUUGCCGUCGAAUUAUCUGCCUGCAAUGGGUUUACCAAGCAAACGUGUACUGAAAUCCUAAACCAUUAUCGAUCUCAUUGCGCCGACUUUACUUCAUGUUUCAAACGGUACAUAUUGUAGCGCGUGCACUGGCUGGAAAAAUAGCAUGCGAAAUGAUGCUCUUUAUGUACCGCAAAUAACCUCGCAAACAAAUUUGCCACCGAUCUUAACUGAAGCCCCACAGGAAUUCAGUGACGGAUUUAUCAGAAAGUUGAUCCGUUUCCAACCAUGCGAUGAGAAUCCUUGGCUGAAGCUCUUUCCAUCCACACUGUGGGCCGAUAAAUGUUAUUUUGUCUCAAACGAAGCGCCGAAUGAUGAUGGCACAGUUUUCAAUCCUUUGCAUGCCCUAUCCUUGUUUUUCUCUCAGCAACAACCAUCCUUGCACUCUCACUGGCACCCCAAGGAUCCAACAAUCAAACAAUCAAACAAUGAUACGAAAUCAAUAAGACUUUGCGUGAGGAGGACGAGAAGUAGGACUGAACCACCAGCAAGACACACGAUACCGAAGAAACAAAUACGGAAAAGAGGAGAAUCUACCUCAAAAAAGUGAUAAAAAAAUCAGAAUUUCAGCGGAAAAUGAUACGAAGACUAGUUGUAGUAGGUAGCCAAAGAAUAGCGGAAUAAAGCGCUGCUGACAUAGACAUACUCCAUUUUCCAUCUUCAAUCCACUAACUUCGGUAUUUGGAGUGCCUAGCGUAUUUUUAGCCAGGUAGUAUAGCGAUAGAGUAUAUACAAUAAUCGAUAUAUAAUACAGGUUUAC